AUGGAUACUCCUCAUCCCAUUGUUAACGGAAUCCAUUCUUCCAAAAAAAACGGUGUGCACCAUUUUAAUGGAAGUGGUGUAGAAUCAAAUGGCCAUGGUGUUGAAAUCAGUAAGGGAAGAAACGGUUCAAAUAACGACUUGAAUACUUAUUAUAUGCCAGAUUCUUAUAAUAAUGGAACUUCACCUGUUACUCAAUCUAAUGGAGUGUUUGACCACUCAAAGCAAGAUCCCGAGACAGUUAUCGAAAUAAGUCCUAAUGGCAGAUAUGCUAAACUGAACACGGUUUUGGGAAAAGGAGCUUACAAGGUCGUCUGGAAAGCCAUUGAUCGUGAUGAAGGUUAUGAAGUUGCGUGGAAUUGCUUUCAGACCACACGAGCCGAAUAUAAUGAAUUAAAUCAAGAAAUAGAAAUUUUAAGACAAGUUCGACAUCCGAAUAUUAUCAAUUUUCAUUACUGUUGGUAUAAAGACGCUGAAUUCAUUUUUGUCACAGAAUUGAUGACAUCUGGGACUUUGCGGGAAUAUAUUCGUAAACUCUCGCUACCGAAUCCCAAAAUCGUGAAACGAUGGUCGCGACAGAUACUCAGAGGUCUAAUACAUCUUCAUUCACAUAAUCCGCCAAUAAUCCAUCGUGAUAUCAAAUGCGAUAACAUAUUCAUUAAUGGGGCACAUGGUGAAGUGAAAAUCGGUGACAUGGGAACCGCCAAAAUGAAACUUGGAAAGAAGUAUACCGUCAUCGGAACACCUGAGUUUAUGGCUCCCGAAAUGUACGAAGAACGAGGGUAUAACGAGAAAGUGGAUAUUUAUGCAUUUGGGAUGUGUCUUUUGGAAAUGGUUACCGGUGAAUAUCCUUAUAGUGAAUGCAAGAAUGCUGCUCAAAUAUAUAAAAAAGUCAUUCAAGGCAUAAAACCAGAAAGUCUGGCAAAAGUUCAAGACGAAGAAAUUCUAGACUUGAUAAAUAAUUGUUUGAGUCCUGAAAAUGAAAGAUAUACCGCUGAACAAAUAAGGGCCCAUCCUUUCUUCACAGUGGAGCCUGAGGUAUUGUUAGCAGCAGCGGAUGAGACAAAAACUCAUUUGAAACUGCAAGUAGUUUUUAAAGAAGGAACGGACAAUUUAUCGGUUAAAUUUGAUUUUAAAGUGGAAAAAGAUACUGCAGAGGAAGUAGUUGAAGAAAUGAUUGACGAAAAAGUUCUUCCUCGAAAAUACCAACAAUUUAUUACGCAUGAGAUCAAUCGAAUUUUGCGUGAUUUGAAUAAAUCAUCGAAAGAUGAUGAUUCGAAUGAUGAAAUUAGUCGGCAUUGGAAUUCCCAGCCGGGAACGCCGCCUUUUCCUAAUGGCAUUUCCCCCCAUUUGCCGCCUCACAACUCACCAGGAUCUUUUGCACCACCUUUAACACUUGAUCGUGAUAAUAGCCCAAAUUCCACAAGUUCUGGACCAGCAACAUCAGAGUCACAACGCAAAACACAGACACAAGAAUGGCAAACAGAAGAAUUAGACGAUAUAUUACCGGUAAAAGACUAUCCGAAUGAAACUCCAAUAGAAGAUUUCGUUCACGAAGCAGCGGUUGCUACUAAUCGUCCUGAAAAGGCCAAAGAAUGGACAACCAAAUUAAAGCAUCAAGAUAUUAUGACAGUGGGCGAUUUACGUGAUUUAUUAGAUGAAGAUUGGGCCGGACUUGGUCUGACAGUAUUUGCAUCACGUGCUCUAAAGAAUGCAUUGUAUGGCAAAUCACUGCGAAGCCCAGGUAUAUAUCCACGGUCAAUGGGAUCCUCGAAUGCUAAUAUUAGCGGUGGCGAAGACAACUUCGUAUAA